AUGCAAGGCUCUGAGAACGAAGAAGAAGAGGAUGUUGUGAUGCCCGGCGUGUCCGACGAUAGCUCGGAAGAGGGUGAGGAUGACGAGGAAGAGGCGAAAAAAGUAAGGGAGGGAUUUAUUGUCAGCGAAGACGAGGACGAAGAGGAAGAAGCCGAAAUGGAGCGUCGAAAGCGACGUAAACGGCGAAAGAAACAUCACCGUCAACGUGACGAAGACGAAGAAGUCCUGGAAGAUGACGACCUUGAGCUCCUUGAAGAGAAUACAGGCGCCUCCUUCAAGAAUAACCGCCGUCUAACUCGCCUCCGUCGUGCUGUGGUUGAGUCUUCGGACGACGACUUAGAUCAUGACGAAAAUUUGCCUCGGGUUCCAGACAUUCAAAGAAUAUGGGAUGACGAGCGUCGAGGCGAUGAGGAGGAGGAGGACGCUGAUAUGGACAUGGACGAUUUCAUUGAAUAUAGUGAUGAAGAGGAGGCCGGUGGGGGGAUGAACGAAAACGCACGUGAAGAGAGGAGGCGAGAGAAAAGGCAAGAGCUAGAGAGGCGUAAGAGGGCUCUAGGGGCUCGUCCAGAACUCGCUGGCAUCGAUGCAAAUGCUUGGGAUGAAAUACAUGACGUGUUCGGAGAUGGUCAUGAAUAUGACUGGGCAUUAGGGGGCGAUGAUGAAAUUGAAUACGACGAAGAACAGCUGAAACCAGAAAUGAAGUAUCAAGAUGUCUUUGAACCGUCCGAGAUUCGCAAGAGAAUGCUCACUGAUGAUGAUGACCUCAUCCGUGCCCAAGAUAUCCCAGAACGUAUGCAGUUGGCAACCUCUUCCCUAUCUCAAUCAUCUACCCUGUCUCUCCAUGUGCAGCUCACAGAAGCUGAUCUUGGUGGAGCUGCGAUGUGGGUCACACAACGCUUGUCUCUCCGAAAGCAACAGGACUUCUUCAGCCCUGAUGGUCAACACAAAAAUCUCAAGGGUGCUCUCGUUAUGGCUGUCACUUUUGCACUACGUUACCUAUUUGUUGAAGAAUACGAGGUUCCGUACAUCUGGGUCCACAAGCGAGACUAUAUCUGCCAUUUCGAUGCAAGUGAAAUGCGGACUCGCUUCGAACUUCUCAGCUUGAACGAACUCUGGCGCAUCCAUUCUCUUGGCCAGAAAUACAGAUCUCUUGUAGAGCGCCGUAGAGCUCUGUCGGCUUCGUAUGAACGGCUUCAAGUGAAGGACGACUACUAUGAGGAGGAGAUACAACCCCAGAUCGACGGCGUCGAGGUUGUUACCGACGCAACUGAGUGGUUGGCAAUGAAAUAUAAGGACAAGAAACUGAGUUCUGCCGUUGAAUUCCGGUUUCAUGAUGACGAUGAGCCGGAUACCACCAAGAAACGCAAAAUGCCUAGUCGAAUUUCCGCCUACGAAGUUGUCAAGAGGAGCAUCGUGUCCAAAUUGGCUCAGGGCUUCGGAAUCGAACCUCAUCAUGUUGUCCUGAAUUUUAUGGCUUCUCAUCACGUUCACUUCGUUGAAGACCAAGAGCUCAAUCCUAUCGUCUUCGCGGAGCAAUUCGCUGAUCCAGAUCCUUCAAAGGCUCAAGCACCCGAAGAUAUUCUUGUCCGCGCGCGGAUGAUCCUCUCCACAGAAAUUGGUAAAGAUCCCCUGCUCAGGAGCCAAAUUCGCAAAAUUUUCAAGGAAGAGGCACAGAUCUCCGUGGAACCCACAGAACGCGGUAUCACUAAGAUCGACGAUAAUCACCCAUACUACAACUUCAAGUACCUCCACCGCAAAAGCAUAAAAGAUAUGCAGGAUUCAGCACAAUUUUUACUCAUAUUAGCUGCCGAAGCGGAGCACCUUGUCAAUGUUUCCAUAUCUAUCCCAAACGCUGCGAUAUCGUCUUUUGAGCGACGACUCAAUGAGGCCUUUGCUUCUGAUAAUUUCAGUGAUUCAGCAAAAUCUUGGAACGUUGAACGCUCUCGCGUUGUGCAAGAGGUGAUGGAACUCCAUCUCAUUCCAGCUGGAAUCAAAUGGACUCGUGAGUAUCUCAGAGAAGAGGUCGAGGAUUAUCUUGCUGCGCAGUGCAGCAAUCGUCUCCGAGCUCGUGUUGAUGUUGCUCCGUAUCUUGUCCGGGAGCUGAAGGACGGAGAAAUAGCCUGUUCCGUCUUAGCUAUAUCGUGGGGGAAGGGUGAUCCUCAUAAAGACGCCAUAACUCUCGUUUUCAUGGACGAAGCGGGCCGCAUGAGGGAAUAUACAAAGAUCGACAACCUUCAUGACACGGAAAUGAUCGACGAGUUUCUCGACUUUGUCAAACGACGGAAACCUGAUCUGGUUGUUAUGGGGGGUUUCAGUAUGUCAACAAUGAAGCUAACCCGCCUUGUCAAGACGACUCUUCACGGAACCGGGCCAAGUCAAGGAGAAACUGGCUGGGGCAAUCCAUCGGCCAACGAACAGGUUUUUGACAUUCCAGUCAUAUAUGUCUUCGAUGAUGUCGCGCGAAUUUAUCAGCACAGCAGACGCGCUGCUGAUGAAUUCGGUGCAUUAUCGCCUACAGCGAAAUAUUGCGUCGGAUUGGCGCGUUACACUCAAAGUCCUUUGAAUGAAUUUGCAGCAUUGGGGUCAGAUAUCACUGCAAUUACGUUAUCAGAGGACGAUCAGCAUUUGGUGCCCAAGGAAAAACUGCUUUCCGCCUUCGAACGCGUCCUUGUUGAUGUGACAAAUAAGACUGGAGUUGAUAUCAAUCGCGCUGUCGCUGAUGCGUAUUAUCAGAAUCUUCUUCCCUUCGUAUGUGGCCUCGGACCAAGAAAAGCUCAAGUCUUGAUAAAAAAGAUAGGAUCACUGGGCGGGAAUCUCGUCAACCGCGAUCAAUUUAUUGAAGGGGGUCUUUUAACCACAAAGAUCUUCCUUAACGCUGCGGGCUUUUUGCGCAUUGCUCAAGAGCAUGAUCCCAAACCAACCAAGCAUCGACAUGAUGGAGAAACUGCGCCAGAUCCCUUGGACGACACGCGAAUUCACCCAGAGGACUACGAAUUGGCCCGUAAAAUGGCCACUGACGCCCUUGAGCUCGACGAGGAAGAUAUUCACGACGAGCAUCCCUCGCACGUAGUGAACCUCAUUAUGACAGACCCGGACAACGAGCGAAAGCUCUCGGAACUUAAUCUAGAUGAGUUUGCGAUCAGUUUGUAUGAGGCAAACCACGACCAGAAACGCCACACUCUGAACGUGAUUCGUGACGAACUCCUGCGGCCGUUCGCGGAGCAACGAAACAAAUUUGUUCUUCCAUCUGACUGGGAGAUCUUGACAAUGCUCAGUGGCGAGACUCCUCGAACAUUGGAAGUUGGUCUGAUCGUGACGACUCAAGUCCAGCGCCUGACGAAGAGUUUCAUCAAUGUUCGCUUGGACUCUGGAAUUGAAGGUGUCAUCGCCACCCAGUAUCUUUCUGAUUCUGGUGACCUCCCAGACAAUCUAGUAAAGAAGGGCCAGACCAUACCUGGAGUGAUCGUUGAACGUAAAUUCGACAUGGAGCAAGACUCGUUUUUCGUUGAAUUGUCAUCGAGGCAGGAAGAGCUUUCAAAGGGAGACGAGCAAUAUCGACGCGUGAAGAUUGAUCCCAUGUGGGACGGCGUUCGUUGCGAGAAGGAUAAAGAUAUGCUGGCGCGGAAGAAGAGAGCCGAAACGGACCGUACUCGACGGGUCGUUAAGCAUCCGAAUUUCCAUAACUUCAACACUGCUCAGGCAGAAGCAUACCUAGAAAAGCAGCAGCGCGGGGAUGUGGUUAUUCGACCGUCUUCAAAAGGAAUUGAUCAUCUCGCCGUUACCUGGAAAGUAGAUGAUAAACUAUAUCAGCAUAUUGAUGCUACUGAACUCAACGCUGACCCAACUGGUCAGACUGUUGCCGGUCAACUUGUUGUAGACAGCAAUCACACCUAUGCUGAUCUGGAUGAAUUGAUCGUCAACCACAUACAAGCGAUGGCUCGUCGAGUAGAAGAACUCAUGGCUCAUGAGAAAUUCAAGCAUGGGUCGGAAGAUGAACUUCAUCUGUUCUUGAAGAACUUCUUGGCAGCUAACCCAGCCAAGAGCAUGUACGGCUUCACGCUCAAUCGAAAGCGGCCAGGACAUUUCAACCUUUGCUUUUUGGCCAAUAAAUCAUCACCUGUUCAAACUUGGCCUGUCCGUGUUGCACCUGAAGCAUAUUACCUGUUUGACGCGGCAGCUGUUGGGGUGCCAGAGCUUUGCGACGCUUUCAAAGUUCGGUGA